ACUCAUUCCUGUUCAAUGUGUCAGGCAGGGGAUUUUUUUAAAGCGGACAGAAGAACGAGUAUGUAUUCGGCAGACGUACAAGAUGAUGCUAGAGGAAUGGAGAAUUGGAGGCUGGCUCCAUCUCCAGAUUCCCCUCGUAAGCAUGUUAAAUCAACUGCAGUUGUUAAAUAUUCAUCUGUACAAUCCUACGCGAACUUUGCCCUCCUACAGUGUAAUACAGACUUGAAUUUGCCACCUUCCAAUUGGCUAAGCAGUUCUGCUGAAUCAUAUGGCCUUCAAUAUGUAUCACCCCAUUCUUCAGGGUUUUCAAGUUUCCGGAUGGCUCACAUGUUUCCGGAUUGUGUGGGUGAAGUGGAUGUUGUUUCGGACGCAGAGAAUAUAAAGAAACUGUUGAAGAUCCCGUACAGUAAAGGGCCGGUAAGCAUGAUGGUACAUCGGAUUGAGAACACUCUGCUUAUUGAUGAGUUUGAUAUACAUAAACACCUGCUACGGACUGCAGAAACAGAGUGGGAGUGGCUGAAGAAAUUCUUUUUCGAUCACGUACUGAAAUCAUUGAAUGACAAGGAGAAGCGGUUGUUCCACAAGAAUAAUAGCCGUUGUGCUCUGCAACAGAAGAGUUUGAUGUCAAAGUUCCUGUACCAUAGUCUCGCUGUAUCUGAACCAAAAAAUGAGGAAAGCGAGAUGCAGGAAAAUAACAUGGAGGACAUUGACGCUCCUCUGUCGAUGCCCGUGGCGACGGUGAGUCUUUGUUUGCCAGAGCCAAGGCCAGAGGAGAAUCUUCCUGACCCAACAUUUAACCACAAGUUUGCGCGCAAUGUUGUGUGGACGUUUGAGGAUAUCCAGAUGCUUAUCGGUACAGAUAUGCCCAUAUUUUGGGACACAACUCACCCAUGCAUCAGCCUCAGGCUCAGGGAUAUGUCGAAGCCAAUCAACGUUCUGACGGGGAUUGAUUAUUGGCUUGAUAACUUGAUGUGCAAUGUACCGGAGCUGGUCAUGUGCUACCAUCUGGAUGGAUUAGUGCAGAAGUAUGAGCUCAUAAAGACGGAAGACCUGCCACACAUGGAGAACUCAAAGUUUUCACCAAAAGUUAUCAGAGAUGUUGCCCAAAAUAUUCUGUCUUUCCUCAAGUCUAAUGCCACCAAGGCUGGGCACACAUACUGGUUAUUUAAAGGUAAAGACGAUGAUGUGGUGAAGCUGUAUGACUUGACGUCUCUGUGCACAGACGUGAUGGAUGACAAGGGACAGAACCCAUUCACUGUUCCCGUGGCAAUGUUACUUUAUAGGGUAGCAAGAAAUAUGAAGCAUUCGUCAGAUGGACGGAGGCAGCAAGGAACCAUUCGUAUGUUACUUAAAAAUUGUCUGACUCUGCUUGUGAAGGAGAAGUACCCUCAGAUAGUAACUUCAGCACACUACAUGAUGUCAGAUCUGUAUGUACCUGCUGAUACAGAUCCUGCAUCACCUGGACUGGAUGGACCACUGAAUGAUGAGGACUGUGGAAACUGCGACCAAAAUGGAAUGGAGGAUGAAGGAAAGAGUAGUGAGGAUGAUAAUUUAUUUGAAGGUUCACUGAACAGUAGCAGCAGUGUCCCUGUGAAGGCAUUGUGUGUCUCGACCCCAGAUACGGGCUGUCAGAGUGCAGCCAACGACGAAUCAAAGUUCAGUUCUCCUCCUCCCGUUUGUGGUGGAGUGGAGGAGCGCUGCAAGAUGGCGCUCCAGCAUGUUGCAUUGGGACUGCAGUGUCUUCAGUACUUUGACACCAGUGACCAGGACGAUAUCAGACGGCAGGAAGGGGUCCAGGAGAACUCACAGUUUCAGAAACACAUGAAAGGGAAUGCACAGCAUUCACAACAGCAAGAGAUUCCGAAGAUGGCAAGACCUUUCCAAGCCAUCCCGAUGCCUUACUCGCCUCUUUCGCCUCAGAAAGAAAAUGGGAAACAGCCUGAAAUAUCUGGACCAGUUUCGACGGGAACAGUCAAGAAGAAGAAGAAAGAGAGAAAUGUUCCGAUGCCUGCCGGCAGUAAGACAAAGGGUGAGAAUGCUGGCACGAAGGGUGAAGGUAGUUCUCCAAAGGUGCUGCUGUGCAAGUCCAGGACGGAGACAAUGCCCACGUGGCAACAGCCGGAAAAUUCAGACAAGAUGUCGUGGAACAUCCACCUCAAGACGCUGCUCUACGAAAAGGCGUGCCUCGUCUAUGUCACUCUGGCAGAAAGUGAUUACAUUGCUGAGAAUUAUGGUAGAUCCCUGAAGUACAUCGUGCACGUACUUCAUGUGCUUCCUGUACUGUCGGCGCUCGCAAGCUCUUCGUCUAGUUCGGGAUUGCGGAGCUACCUCCUGGGCCGUGCGGGGGACUGCUGCUUUAUGAUCGUGCAGGGCUGGGCACAGGUGGAUACUCAUCGUGAGGAUUACGCUCAAUGCACCAGUUUAGACCGUGAUAUCGUGGUGGAAAUUGACAAAGAUAUGGCCGUACUUGGAAUAUCCCUCGAGAGCAGAGCUGAUGAUUUGCUGGAUGUAAUCCCCAAGACUAUCGAUAGCAUCGAGCAGAUGCUACAGACAAGCUGCUGCUGUUAUCAGAAAGCGUUGGCCUUGGAGCCCCAUGACCAGCAGAAGAACAAUCUUCAGCGCAGGCUUGGCAAUAUUCAUAAUGAGCUAGGGGUUCUGUUCAUGAACCUAGCUGCAGCACGGUACCAGGAAGAGAUGAAACAACAGCAGGAGAAAUGCCAUGAGAGCGUGUUCCAGAAACUGUUUUCUCAGUCCCUGUACCAUCUGGAGUCAGGUGUGAAAGCGUUUGAUGCCGUGCGUGAUGAAGCCAACCUUGCAUUGCUUCACUCCAACACUGGCCGCCUCAUGAGAAUGCGCGCGCAUUUUUACUCGCCAGAUUCGAGUGAUCGACACUCGGAGUUGGCAGGACAAGAGCGUCAUUUCUACAAUAAGGCUUUGAGCAGUUAUCAAAAGGCAGUACAAGUUUUAGGUAGUUGGAAAAACAACCCAACGGUCUGGGACACCGUGAUAUGGGAACUCUCCACGACGUUGUUCACAAUGGCUACCCUACUGCAGGACUUUCCAGCUCAGAACAAUAAGAGCCUGGAAGAGGCGGAGAGGGAAGUGGUGGAGUAUCUCAUGAGAGCAUUGAAAUAUUGCGACCUUGACACGCCAGGCCCGCGUCAGCCUGUUUAUCAGUUCCGUGCUGCCACCAUCCAUCACCGACUCGCAUCUCUGUACCACAAGUCCUAUAGGACCCUGACAGCAGAUGAUGCUCGCCGCAAAAACGUGUUGUUGUUGUCGCGUCUGCACUAUGAGAAAUCGAGUCACCUGAUGUUACAGCUGGAGCAUCCAUUGGAUUUCUUGCGAAUUCAGUUGGAGCGUGUAGCACUCAACGAAUUCCAGGCGCAAAAUGCUUCUAGUCACGGUGGCAAGUUAAAGUCCUUGGAGAUGGCCCUGGAACUCAUUCGCCAAUGUCAGCCCAUACUAAAGUUGAUGUUGGAACGAGAGCGAGUAAUCCGGGUUUGUCCAAGUUUGAGAAAAUUUGAGCAGGCACAAGACGAACGAGUUCAAAGUAAUACUGAAAGUCAGGCUGAAGGAGAACAUAUUUUGUACAAAACACCUUUGAGCAAUGUGACUGAGGUCAAUACUUGUGCUGAAGGUUUAGCAGAUCAAACCGUUACAGCAAUGAAAUGCGGUGUCUCUGACGUGGUCGCAGAGAAAGACGUGGUGCAUAAUUUUAAUUCUGAUAUGAUGAAUCCUCCAGAAACUGAUGUUACUUUGAAGGAACGUAUCGCAAACUCAGGCUGUGACGUCAGAGAGGCACGACUGAGUAGCGGCAGUGACGUGCUCAAGGGCAGAAAUGAGAGCGAAGAAGAAUUAGCCGAGCAGGAGGAGGCGAAUUCCCUGGUGCAACUACUGGAGCAGAGACUGCAGUUUGUCCUCCGCAGCCUGACGAAACUCUGCCUUUCCAAAAGUGGAAGCAGCAAGAAGGAGAAGGAGUCAUCGAAUCCUGCGCAAGUGUACAAGGACCUAUACAGUAUGACUCUGAGACAGACCGACGAGGAUACGCCGUUGGCCGUAGUGAGCCAUUUACUGGACGUACUGUCUAACGUCAAGUCUGUUCUGUCCCAGCACCAAGAGAUGUCAAGGUAACGCCGAAUGUGAUUUUAUGAUGUGAUUGUUUUUGUAUCAUAUGACAUGUUUAUCGCUUAAGACUGUGGUAAUGUUAUAAAUAAAACAAAUAUUGUAUUUUUCAUGCCACCCCUAUCCAGUUAUUGGUCCUUUCCUUUUACCUGUGGAACCUAACCAAACAUUUCCAUUAUCUUUAUUCUGUACCAGGAUUGCUGUCUACUUGCCCUGUCCUAAAGAUGGCACUGAUGAGAUUGUGCUACUAA